GUGGGUUGUGCUCGUGCACUUCGCCUCAGAUUCGUUCGCCUGACAGCCAGCGGUGCAAGAAGAGCCGUUUCCAAGGACCGGGUUACUAUAGCAGUCAGACGGCGUGUUCUAUCAUUGAUAAACAUUAUUAUUGCUAUAGAUAUUUACUAACACCUACAACUAGAUUCCUAGUACGAUACGAACAUGAAUCCGUUGUGUAGCAGAUGUAAUCGAGUCGUCUACCCCACGGAAAAAGUGAAUUGUCUGGACAAGUACUGGCAUAAAGGAUGUUUCAGCUGCGAGAUCUGCAAAAUGACUCUGAACAUGAAGAAUUACAAAGGCUUCGAGAAGAGACCAUACUGCAAUGCACACUACCCCAAGACCUCCUUCACUAGUGUGGCUGACACACCAGAGAACCUGCGGCUCAAACAGCAGAGCAAGAUGCAAAGUCAGGUGCAGUAUAAGGAGGAGUUUGAGAAGAACAAAGGGAAGGGCUUCAGCGUGGUGGCGGAUACACCAGAGCUGCAAAGAAUCAAGAAAACGCAGGACCAAAUCAGCAACAUUAAGUACCAUGAGGAAUUUGAGAAGAGUCGGAUGGGAGGAGAAGCUCCGCCUCCUGAGACCAACACCACUCCAGCAUAUCAUCAUCAACCAACCAACCCAACCAACCCGCCCAACCCUCAGAACUACAACUACCAACCAGCCCCUGAGCCAGUGCGCUCUGCUGCUGCUGCACCGCCCCCUAGUGCCGGGAAGCGGUACCGGGCUGUCUAUGACUACGCUGCAGCGGACGAAGACGAGGUGUCCUUCCUGGACGGGGAUGUGAUUCUGGACGUGCAGCAGAUCGACGAGGGCUGGAUGUACGGCCGUGUGGAACGCACCGGCCAGCAGGGCAUGCUGCCCGCCAACUACGUGGAAACCAUCUGAGAGAGAAAGAGACAGAGAGAGAGGGAAAGAGAGAGGGAGAGAGAGUGAGUGGAGGAGAGGAGAGGAGAGGAGGUGGAAGAGAGAGGGAGAGGGAGGGAGAGAGAGAGGGAGAGAGAGAGAGGGAGAAGACAUGGUGAUAGAAGGGUGGAACAUAUGAAAAUCAAAAGCCCAGUGCCAUCUCAUUCCUCAUUUUAAUACGCUUUCUCUAUAUAAUUAUUAUAAUUAUUAUUCUUUUUUUUUUCUUUUUUUUUUUUACCUUGCGCUGUUCAUUCAGUUCCAAAGCUCAGAUCGAUUCUUCUUGCGAAGAGCCCAUGCUGCAGGCUCUGUGUCUGUCUGUUUGUCUGUCCAUCUGUCUUAAUCCUUGGUCAACAGAGGUGCUGUCCACAAGUGGCACAUAAAUCUCAGCUGAUACACACACUAGUGUCUUAAACUGUGCACACCCCAAAAGCACUUCCAGCACACUGUAUGGACACCGCACGGGGCUGACUUAAUGGUGUUCAGAAGGUCUGGAGCUCCUGGUCGGUCAGCAUCUGGUUACCAUGGCAGUAGGGAGCUCUACGGCCAGUAAGGGGAAGCUAAAGGAACCUAUGUGGUCACAACCCACAGCAAAUUGUUUGAACCUUUGCUUGUAAACUUCAUUGAGUUGCCCACAAUGCCCUCGUCCUCCCCUUCUAUGAGAAUUGAGCCUGUCUAGGCUGGUCAUGAUUUUCUUGUGUGUAACCAGAUGGUGACCGAGGUGACCGACUGGUGUCCUGUUUGUGUCUCCUCCGUUUUUGACCGCUGCAGGCCUCUGACAUUCCUCGACCGUGCAGUCGUGACGUUUGACCUCUAGAAAUUCCUGACCGUUUAGCAGAGGACAAAAUGUCCCCUUAUUCUCCACACUUCCUGCAUUUCGAGCAGUUCUCGAAUCUUAUCUAAGUACAUUCCAUUCGUUUAGACGCUCUUUUGCUGCUGCCUUGGUCAAUGAAAUAUCACUUUACCAAAUGCUUGUUUAUAUUUAUGUGAAUAUGAUGUUAGCAGCUGUCCUGGAAAGCAUUGUGGGCAUUGGCAUAAUACUGGAAUUGGGUAAUAGUCAUGCAUCGAUCACGCUAUCGAUGUGUGUGUACGGUUCUGAAAGCCUAAAGGGUGGGGCUUGUAGGCGAGUUCUAGUUGAACAGGCCAAGGAAGUGAUGUUUCUCCCCUCUCCAAUUUGGGGUAUAAACAUGGCAGAAGAAAAAAGCUCUCCGUUUUCUAAUACUUCAAAAAGGUGUGAUGGUUGGGUCGUUAUUACAGGUUAUUACAGUGCUGGGAUGCAGUCAGGAUGUGCCCCAUCUCAGUGAAAGAACCGGGGUUUUAGACAGACUGCACACUUCCAAAAUGGCUUCUCGCUGACUUUUAUCAUUCCAUUUGUGACUGUGUGUGACGCAGCAUUCCAGUCAAACUGGAGAAAUAGUUUGAGGUAGAACAGGGCAGCCGCUGCCAUCAGUCCUCACUUCUAUUGUUAUUGUUGUUGGCGUUGCUAAGAUGUUGUCAUUGGACCAUAACUCGCUCUUCAUCUCAGCCCUGUCGUCUGAGGACAGGACAGACACCUUGGGUUCAAAGGGCAUCCGGGGGGGACA